AUGACUUUUGGUGUUACUGCUUGUACUUCUGCAAAGAUUAGACAUAUUGAUGAUACUUGGAAUUGGACUAUUGCUUCUGUUGUGACUGGUGCACUUCAUGCUACGAUGCGUGAUUUCAAGUUACAACGAGCACUUUUUACUUCAAUUCCUUUAAUUGUACUAUUUUCUUAUUAUCAACAUGUACGUACAAUUCAAUGGGGAACUCAAGGAAUGCCUUUCAGCCGAAUGUAUAGCGGUCACUUUUCUCCUUAUACUGGACCUCUUGGUUGGAAAAGCUUUCAUCUUACUUCUGUUGAUCAGACACGAUUGAAUUAUAUGCCAGAUGCGUGGAAAUAUUGUUCAAAAUAAAAAUUGUUUGAAAGGAAAAAAGGUUUUUUUUUAGGUUUUUUUAAUGUUGUGGAUUUUUGUGGGUGAUAUCUUCCGAUUAUCUCUUCCGAAAAUUUUCUUUGCUUUUUUGAUAUCGU